UUACUCUCGAUUUGAACGUUAAAGAGUAAAGACGUGCGGGUCGUAGCGAGUCGAGUUGCACGCGUGUAGAGUGCUUACAAUUGUGUUGUUGAUGUCGAUAUAAAUAAAGUAACUAAUAGAAUUGAGUAUAGCUUAUCUAAACAGUGUGUGUGGAUAAAAACAGCAAUCAGCCCUCGAUUUCGGUUAAUAGCAAACGUGUCGGAAAAACCAUUUUAAACUAAAACCAAACAAGCUGUGACUAAAGUUUUGCAGAUUUCGCAACAAUAACAAUCAUUAGUUUGCCGCUACUACGAAAACACUAUUACAAAUACAAAUACAAAUGCCAGAAAAUCAGCUGAAGGCUCGCACAUACUUACAUUCAUAACGGUAGACAGAACGAGAGAAAGAGGCGAUACACAGACGAGUGAAAGUGCGCGUGUAUAUGAAUGUUGACGGUGUCAGCAUUUAAUAUUAAAAUAAAUUUUAAAAAAACCUAAACGUCUGUUAAGCAGCAGCAGCAGCAGCAACAUCAUCUACAAACACACGAAAGUACAAUUACAACAACAAAAUGAUCGGAUACACAGACCUCACCAAGACUAGUCGAAACUCCCUGCAUCGUAUUGCGCGUCACGAUGAGCAGCAGUUCUCUAAAGAUAGCAUUGUUAAUGUUAUGGAAAAGUUUGUAAAAACUGUCAAAUUUAUGGAUGAUACCAUAUUGGUGCCAUGCAGGCUCAUGGAUCGUCAGAUUGGUGAUAGCACUGAUAUUAUACCAGCCACGGGCAAGGACACAACCGCCAAUCAGCUGACGAAAAGUUCAAGUGCGGAAGGCAAACGAGGUGCGGCACAUUCAAAGAAUGUACACGAAUUUCUGAGUGCCUCCGAAUUGUUUAAUCUCUACAACAUGCUCAAUGCAUUGAAGAACGAUUUGCUGUGGACCACCAAUCAGACCGAUGCUGAAGAGGAGCAGGAGAGAGUAGUGGAGAGCAAGACUGAGAGCAGCACAAACAGCAGCAGUAGCAGUAGCAAUAGUGUGGGGGUUAAUAAAGGUCACGUGCGUCGCACAUCCACGGCUUCAAUGAUGUCCACUACAUCAGUGAGUAAUUUGAGCGACUCGGAUUCAGACAUCUCGAAUGAGAAUGAUUCGGGGCUGGAGUCCGAUGGUAGCAAGAGCGACAAUGCGCAGAGCAGUGAUGGCAGUGAUAUUGUUGAUUUAGGCUGCCAAAAAUCCAAAUCGAUUAGCGGUGAUAAGGCCACGGAACUGGCGAAACGCUGCAAGAGACACUUGAAUGGUCUGUACCAGUGCCUGGAACAAAUGACAGAGGCGGCCAAUUAUCUGACCGCCAGAUACCAAAGUGAUAUUGGACCAGUUUAG